AUGUCCAUGUUGUUCUACACUCUGAUCACAGCUCUUCUGAUCGGCAUCCGGGCAGAACCGCAUCCAGAGAGCCAUGUCCCAGCAGGACACGCCAUCCCCCACGCCCACUGGACUAAGCUUCAGCAUUCCCUUGACACAGCCCUCCGCAGAGCCCGCAGCGCCCCGGCCGGGGCAAUAGCUGCCAGGGUGACAGGGCAGACCCGCAACAUCACUGUGGAUCCCAAACUCUUUAAAAAGCGGCGACUGCGUUCGCCCCGCGUGCUGUUCAGCACGCACCCCCCACCUGUGGCUGCGGACGCUCAGGACCUGGACCUGGAGGCCGGCAGCACCGCCUCCGUCAACAGGACUCACAGGAGCAAGCGGUCUUCGUCCCACCCUGUCUUCCACCGGGGGGAGUUCUCGGUGUGCGACAGCGUCAGCGUGUGGGUGGGCGACAAGACCACAGCCACCGACAUCAAGGGCAAGGAGGUGAUGGUGCUGGGAGAGGUGAACAUUAACAACAGUGUGUUCAAACAGUACUUCUUUGAGACCAAGUGCCGGGACCCCACCCCCGUGGACAGCGGGUGCAGGGGCAUCGACUCCAAGCACUGGAACUCCUACUGCACCACCACCCACACCUUCGUCAAGGCGCUGACCAUGGACGGCAAGCAGGCUGCCUGGCGGUUCAUCCGGAUCGACACGGCCUGCGUGUGCGUGCUCAGCAGGAAGGCCGGGAGACGAGCCUGACCUGCGGGCCGGCCCCCACCCUCCCCGCGCCCCCCUCCACACCCUCCUGGGC